GAAAGUGUGGAAGAGGGUUGUUUGGACUCUCGAGGUAGGUGUGUUUAAUAUUAAUGGUAUAGAAAUAUCAACACUUUGGGUGUCUACACUACUCUCCACUCUCCCAACCACACCACUCAUUCCCAUUCUCUCUCUCUCUCUCUCUUCAAUUUGAAUACUUCAUUUUUAUGCCAUUCUUCCCUCGCUGUUAAUUUCCCCUGUAGGGGUAUAUUUGGAAUUUCCAUUCUUUCCAUGGAUCCAGCGCCAAUAAUCAACUCUCCUUCCAACACGGCAUCCUAUCACCUACCGGAGAUCUGGAAGUUCCCGCCGGCUAGAACGCCGCACUUUGAGCAUGCCUUCGGAGAUUUUGCAACUGCUCCCACGCAGGAAGAUCUCGGUAGAGACCCGGUCGCUUCGGAGCAGAUACCGGUGAACCAUGGCUGGAAAAGACGCGACACGGAGGAGGAUUCGGUUAAAGGCGUUUCCACCAGUAAUGCCAAUGGCGGCAACAGCGUGAAUGAUGAUGGAAAACGGAGUAAAACAUCAGGGAACAGUAAAGGUGAAGUAAUAGUAGGAGAAGAAAACAGUUCAGGAAAGCAUGCGGAAAAAACUACUGAGGCACAUCCUAAGCAAGAUUACAUUCAUGUUCGAGCUAGAAGGGGUCAAGCUACUGAUAGCCACAGUCUUGCAGAAAGAGCUAGAAGGGAAAAGAUUAGUGAAAGGAUGAAAGUUCUUCAGGAUUUAGUCCCUGGUUGCAACAAGGUUAUUGGGAAAGCAUUGGUCCUUGAUGAGAUAAUCAAUUAUAUCCAAUCACUUCAGAACCAAGUAGAGUUUUUGUCGAUGAAGCUUGAAGCAGUAAAUUCAAGAUUGACCCCUGGUAUUGAUGUGUUUCCUCCUAAAGAUUUUGAUCAGCAAACUUAUGAUACAACCACCAUACCAUUUGGUUCACAAGCUACAAGAGAUUACAGCCGGGGUUCAUCACCGGAAUGGUUGCAUAUGCAGGUAGGAAGUGGUUUUGGAAGAGCAACGUAGUCUCUAUGAAAUUUCAUCACCUGAUAGUAAAUGCAAAUAGAAACAUUAGUCUCUACUUCAGAGCUCCCAUAAAUCAUAUACUCAAGGUGUUGAAGUCCAAAUGGACACUUAGUAUUUAAGCAAAUCCAUUUGUUAGUGUGUUGAAAAUUUAUUCAUUUACAUAAGAUGUAGCUUUGUGGGCUAUAUAGGCUUCCUGUCGUGAAACUCUUCAUAACUUUUAAAAUGAUCAUUGUUCUUGUAAAAGAAUGCUGCUUGUCUUGAAUACAUAAUGGUUAUAUAUUGUAUAAUGGUCUCAACAUUGUGCUUUU